GUGUGCAGCCCUGCCCCCCCGGAGCACUGCUUUACCGCGUUAUAUCCAAAUUUGUGUUAUAUCGGGCGGCGUUAUAUCGAGGUAACGGUGUACUUUCCUAAGAUUCCUGGACUCCUAAACUUUUUCCUGUCCCCCUGAACCCAGAUAUACUUUCAGCAGCAGUUUAAUAAGCUCUUGAUCUAUCUUUUGAAAUAAUAAAAAAAAAACAAAAAACACAAAACUCUCAAAUUCAGCAUUUCCACAGCUCUUUUGACUGCCUCUGAAGUGCUGUAGCGCCAAGGAGGAGGAAAUAUUUUUAAGGAUUUAGCAUUUCCCUUUUGAAGUCUGGUUUCCUGAGACGUUCUGGCAGGCAUGUCACAAAAUUAAAAGCUCUCAGUAAAUUUUCUUAGUAUAAGUUAUAUGGUCCAGCCAACCUGUAAAACACAGUAGCUUGGAGAAGUUCCUGAUUUUCUUUGAAGUUCUAUGGUUCACUGCCAGCAUGGCUACUCUACUUAACAGUGUCUUGCAGGCAACUGGUUCCUUUUCAGUUAAGAAGGUGAGUUAUAUUUUCUGAGACUAGCUUUUUGCUGUUAUGAUCAGUUGGAAUUCUUUUUUUUUUAUACUGUCUCCAGGAUUGAACUUCUGAGGGUAGGUGCCAGAACAUUCCAGCUAAAGGUUUUUGGCGCUCGUGUUUGUUUUCUAUGCCUAUAUGUCACAUUCAGAGAUUUCAGCUUUUAAGAUGUUGUUUAAGACACAUUUGUCAGCUUGGCUUUAUAGGAGCAUGAAAGCAGGGCUAGAAAAAUUUAGCAGACACUUACUGAAAUUUUACCAAACACCUCACUGCUAUUUGAAGACUAUUACAAAAGAUGGUAAUUCUCAGAUUAAGGAAAAUGUUCCCUUCUCUCUCCUACCUACAUUUGUGUCAGCUGCUGGGAAAAGAGACACUUUUGGUAUUUUCACCAAAGUGUUGUCUACUUUGGCAUGUCAUUUUAAGUAUCAAACUUGGCUAGUAUGUGUCUGAGAAAUUUGAAGUCUCCCAAGGUCCUCUGUCUGCUGGAAAAAAGGAGCUUCACUUUCAUACUCUACAGCCCAUUGGCUGUUGCAAUGAGGUGUGUCUGCUACUCUACUCCUCCUAAACCUCCAUUUUUGAGUUCUCUGCUUCAAUGCAUGUCUCUGCUGCUGCUCAUAACUGUCAAUCAGUAGUAGAGGAAAAAUGACAUGACCUCUCAGUUUCACUGCUACCCACUUUUCUAAUUUAUAUCGGAAUAUUAAAACAAAGUAUUGCAUAAAUUUGUAGCAAUUCCAAUUCAGCUUCCCAAGUACAAGAAAAACUUCAUUGCAGGCUGCUGAGGUGCUUUAUACCAUUAGGAAUAUUUGCUGCACUGAAGGGGAGGAUUUUGAUAUCUUUGUGGCUAAGGUCCAUAGUAUUGCCUUACAAAUAAUUAGUGUAAAAAAUCAGUUUCUCCUUUUUUUCCCCUCCCAUGUUAACUUGUUUUUCCACCUGUUUUAUUUAUGGAAUUGAUUUAUGGAGACCCAUGUAAAAGAGAUGAUCUGAUGAUAUGAUACAUACAUUUUAUGGUGGAUUUAAAGAGAGAUGCGACCUCACCAAAAAAGGCCAGGAGGCCUGCUAUUGCUCACAACCACAUUCAACACGAGGCAGAAGUUAAACAGCUGUCAGAAACCUUGAAAGAGAAGACUAAAGAAAGCAAGAGGCUCAAAUCAUCAUUUGACACCUUGAAGGAAAUGAAUGACUCUUUAAAAAAACAGUUAAGUGAUGUAAGUGAGCAGAACAAGAAGAUGGAAGUUCAAGCAAGAAAAGUACAAGCACGUUUAGAGAAUUUACAAAGGAAGCAUGAAUUUUUAACAAUACAGAAAUCUAAAGAUGUUUCUCAAGCAAUGCAAGAAAUUAAAUCUGUGAAGCAGGAAAAAAUGGCAGCAACAUCAAAAAUUUGUAAGGUACCACUUAAUUCACAUGUUUAUGAGCUUUUAACUGUUCUUAUGGACUGGAUCUCAGAUCAAUUCCUCAAAGUGAAAAUAGAGGAAGAAGGAAGAGACAAUCAAACAUUAACAUACACCCACAAAAAUUACACACAAGAAAAGUGUGCAAAGCUUUUACCUAUCGUUGCUGAACAACUCCAGUGGAUGCCAUUUGUGAACCCUAAACUACAUAUGCCUGUAAUUAAAUUUAUUUACUGGGCUAUAAGGCAGCUAAACUGUGGGACACAGCAUUCAACUAUGACAUCAACAAUGAGGAGGCUUGGUGAAGACAUAUUCAAAGGCAUAGUAACUAAGGGAAACCAACAUGGCUCUUCUGAGCAACUUGCUGAAAGUAAACCAAAGAUAGCAGCUUUCUUUAAGAGUUCCAUUUUACCUUUGAGAUUUGUAUCAACUUUAAUUGUACUCAAAACAGUAACACAAGCUGAUUAUCUGGCUCAGGCAUUUGAUUCCCUUUGCGUGGACUUGAAGACAGAUGAAGGAAAGGCCUUGUUUUUGGAGUACCAAUCUGUGCCUGUUAUAUUAAGUCACUUAAGAAUAUCCAGUAGAGGUCUGCUUUCCAAUGCCAUUGAUGGUUUACUUCAGAUGACAAUGGAAUCUGGUUUUUUGCAGCCUUUCCUAGAAGCCUGCAGCAAUGAGUCCUUUUUCCGUACUUGUUCUGUGUUGCUUCGAAAUCCUAAACUCGAUCUACUGAUAGUGGAAAAACUCAGCAUUAUAUUGCAAAAACUCUCCAGAAUCAAAAGUAAUAAGAAGAUGUUUGAAUUGUUUACUAUUCAUCUAAUGAUCCAAGAGCUGCAGAGGACAACACAUCCAAAUCAUGCUUUUCUCUGUAUUAACCUCAAUUCAAUUCUUUUCAAUUUGGGCUUAACAAAGACCAACUCUCUUAUCUCCAGUCUAAGCACAAGUCACUAAUGAACUGUAUUUUAUUAUGGUUUAUGUUCUGUAUAAUUUGUACAAACAAGAGUAUAUUUAUUUAUAAAAACUAGCAGACUAGCUAACAAGAACAUCAAUAGCUCAUUUAUAACUGCAUGGGUUAGAAUUUGUUAUGUUACCCUCCCUAAUCAGUGUAUUCAUUGAAAGAGAAGGUGGGAAAUUGCCCAAUCUUCAAGAGGCCUUCUUUGUUUUUAAAUUUAGCUGAAAUAUACUACAGGGUUAGUGCUGUGCUGUUCUAGAAAACUGACCUGUUCAACACAACUGGCACCUGCUUGCUAGGCACACCACUAGUACCUACUUUCCUCACAAAGUUGUGAAAUAUGAGUUAACCUUAAAAAUAUUAAAAAUUUAAAAUCUUCAGUGUUUUACCAACAUUUAUUAUUGUUUUUUUGUUUGUACAGGUGGCACAUAACAUGGAAACAGUCUUUUUGCAAAUGUAUUUCAGGAAAAUGCUUGUUUUAAUGUACUGAAGUCAAAUUUUGAUGAAAUUGAACUUGGUGUAUAUUAGGUGUAUGUUGAAUGAGAAACUUUCUCUGGUCUGUGAUAUCCAGUAUUUACAGGAAUUGCUGUUCACUGUUUUCUCUUUACUUAUAUGUAUUUGCUGUACAUCGCUGUGCUUUAUUAACUCAUGAUACUGGUUUUGUAUUUUUUUAUGGAUUUUGAUUGUAAUAUCUCUGAAAAUAUAAAGUAUUUCUUAAAAUUUUUGGAAUAAUAUUUACUUCAGUUAAAAGCCAUAAUCUUUUAAUAAAACAAAUCCAUUUUCUAUUUUAUUAAUUUCCAAAAGGGACGUAGUCCAGUCUCCUGCUUAUGCACACACUUUUCCAUACGUACUUUUCAAACACUAAUAGCCAAUUAAUUUUGUCAUUGAUAUGAAUAGGUAUUGGUACUCAAAAAAAUGCAUAUGUACACAAAAUGAGUCACUUGACCCAACAAGUCUCAUUUCUAAUGUUUGUGUUUGAUUAUGCCAUUCUGUGAAACUACAAGAUAUAUUCUUUGCAACUCCAUGUAAUUAUGUAAUUGAAGCUGUGAUUAUAAUUUAAGAACCUGCUUUAUAAUAAAUCUGUGUUUGAUUAA